GGGCCGCCCGGGCGGCGUGUCGCGUCGGGAUGCCGGGGGAGGAGGAGCGCGCCUUCCUGGCGGCCCGCGAGGAGCUGGCGAGCGCCCUGCGGAGGGACUCGGCGCAGUCGUUCUCCCCGGAGCAGCUCCGGCCGCUCCUGGCCGCCCCCCUGCCGCCGGCCGCCCGCUACCUGCAGCUGGACGCCGCGCGGCUGGUGCGCGGCAACGCGCGCGGGGAGCCCCGAAGCUACCUCGGCACCCUGUCCACGGCCCUGAACAUCCUGGAGAAGUACGGCCGCAACCUGCUCAGCCCCCAGCGGCCCCGCUACUGGCGCGGGGUCAAGUUCAACAACCCGGUCUUCCGCACCACGGUGGAUGCCGUGCAGGGCGGCCGGGACGUGCUGCGGUUGUACGGCUACACGGAGGAGAGGCCGGAUGGCUUGAGCUUUCCUGAAGGGCAGGAGGAGCCGGAUGAGCACCAGGUUGCCACGGUCACGUUGGAAGUGCUGCUGCUUCGGACCGAGCUCAGCUUACUGCUGGAGAAUACUCAUCCAAGACAGAACGCACUGGAACAGCUGCUAAAUGACAAAGCUGGAGAUGAGUUGCUGCAGCUUUCAGAAUUGGACCCCCUCCUGAGAGAGCUUGCUCCCGGCCCCCUCACCACCCCCUCUGUCACAGGCUCUAGUCCUGGUCCUUGCUUUCUCUGUGGCUCAGCGCCAGCCACUCUGCACUGCCCAGCCUGUAAGCAGGCCUCAUGCCCGGCUUGUGACCUCCUGUUCCAUGGCCAUCCAUCCCGCGCUCAUCACCUUCGACAGACCCUGCCUGGAGCCCUCCGGGCCACCCACCUGAGCCCCAGUUUACCUGCUUCGUCCCCCCUGCUGGCUACAGGAGGCGGCUCUCUUUCCCCCCCUGAUCCUGGAAGCGCCCAUCUGCUCUGGCUCUGUGCUGCCUGUGCCAUGCUGAACGAGCCCUGGGCCGUCCUCUGUGUGGCCUGUAAGAGGCCCAGAGGCUGUAAGACACUGGGGAUCAGGGCCGAAGGGCUCCAGGGAAGUGGGGACCAGGACCCUGAGCUGGCCCGGGGCCAGUGGGCGUGUCAGAGCUGCACCUUUGAGAACGAGGCAGCAGCGGUGCUGUGUGCUAUGUGUGAGAGGCCGCGGCUUGCCCAGCCCCCCAGCUUGGUGGUGGAUUCCCACGAGGCUGGCGUGUAUCCGCAGCCCCCUGAGCAGGGGGAUACUUUGCUCUCUUCUGCCCAGACCCAAGUCUGGUACUGUAGUCACUGUACCUUCUGCAACUCGGGCCCUGGCUGGGUGUGUGCUGUGUGUAACCGGACCAGCAGCCCUACCCCAGUACAGCAUGCUCCCGUGCCCUAUGCUAGCUCUUUGGAAAAGGGACUUCCAAAGCCUGGGCCCCCACCUCGACUCGGCGCCUCCCCAACCAGUUCCUGUGGAGAUGCUGAGAAGCAGCGCCAAGACAGGAUGCAAGAGGAAGGUCUCCAGCUAGUGAUCAGGAUCCGGGAAGGAGAAACUGCCGGUGCCUGUCCAGAGGAGAUCUUCUCAGCCUUGCAGUACUCAGGCACUGAGGUGCCCCUGCAGUGGCUGCGCUCGGAGCUGCCGUACGUGCUGGAGAUGGUGGCCGAGCUAGCGGGACAGCAGGACCCGGGCCUGGGGGCCUUUUCCUGUCAGGAAGCCCGGGAAGCCUGGCUGGAUCGUCAUGGCAACCUUGAUGAAGCGGUGGAGGAGUGUGUGAGGGCCAGGAGGAGGAAGGUGCAGGAGCUCCAGUCCCUGGGCUUCGGGCCUGGAGAAGGCUCUCUUCAAGCUCUGUUCCAGCAUGGGGGUGAUGUGGCACGGGCCCUGACUGAGCUGCAGCGCCAGCGGCUAGAGUCCUUUCACCAGCGCCUCUGGGACACUGGCCCUGGGCCCGCCCCUUCCUGGGAUGGGCCAGACAAGCAGAGCCUGGUCAGACGGCUUUUGGCGGUUCAUGCGCUUCCCAGCUGGGGCCGGGCGGAGCUGGCCCUGUCGCUGCUGCAGGAGACCCCCAGGAACUAUGAGCUGCCGGAUGUGGUGGAGGCCGUGAGGCAGAGCCAGGACCGGGCCUUCCUCCGUCGCUUGCUGGCCCAGGAGUGCGCAGUGUGCGGCUGGGCCCUGCCCAGAAACAGAAUGCAGGCCCUGAUUUCCUGUGAGUGCACCAUCUGCCCUGACUGCUUCCGCCAGCAUUUCACCAUUGCCCUGAAGGAGAAGCACAUCACAGACAUGGCGUGCCCCGCCUGUGGCCGCCCAGACCUCACCGAUGACACCCAGUUACUCAGCUACUUCUCUACUCUGGACAUCCAGCUACGGGAGAGCCUAGAGCCAGACGCCUAUGCAUUAUUCCAUAAGAAGCUGACUGAGGGGGUGCUGAUGCGAGACCCCAAGUUCUUGUGGUGUGCCCAGUGCUCCUUUGGCUUCAUAUACGAGCGGGAACAGCUAGAGGCCACAUGUCCCCAGUGCCACCAGACCUUCUGUGUGCGCUGCAAGCGCCAGUGGGAAGAGCAGCACCGAGGGCGGAGCUGUGAGGAGUUCCAGAGCUGGAAACGCACCAACGACCCAGAAUACCAGGCCCAAGGCCUCGCCAUGUAUCUUCAAGAAAACGGUAUCGACUGCCCCAAGUGCAAGUUCUCGUACGCGCUGGCCCGGGGCGGCUGCAUGCACUUCCACUGCACGCAGUGCCGCCACCAGUUCUGCAGCGGCUGCUACAACACUUUCUACGCCAAGAAUAAAUGUCCAGACCCUAACUGCAGGGUGAAAAAAUCCCUGCACGGCCACCACCCUCGAGACUGCCUCUUCUACCUACGAGACUGGACUGCUGCCCGGCUGCAGAAGCUCCUGCAAAACAAUCACGUCCUGUUUAAUACGGAGCCACCAGCUGGGGCCCGCGCAGUCCCCGGGGGCGGCUGCCGAGUGAUGGAGCAGAAGGAGGUUCCCAACGGGCUCAGGGACGAAGCUUGUGGCAAAGAAACGCCAGCGGGCUACGCCGGCCUUUGCCAGGCACACUACAAAGAAUACCUGGUGAGCCUCAUCAACGCGCACUCGCUCGACCCCGCCACCCUCUACGAGGUGGACGAGCUGGAGACGGCCACGGAGCGCUACCUGCACGUGCACCCCCAGCCUCUGGCCGGGGAGGAGCCCCCUGCCUACCACACGCGCUUGUUACAGAAGCUGACGGAAGAGGUGCCCUUGGGACGGAGUAUCCCCCGCAGGAGGAAGUAGAGAGCACGGCUCCCUCCCACCCUCAGGAAGAGCCCAGCACCAAUAAAGAGGCACCUCACUGCCCAGGC